AUGGCAAAUAAAUCACCACCUUCGACUCUACCAAAGAUCAAUACCUUACCAGCAGAUUCACCAAUACUAGAUGCGCCUCGCAAAAAGAGUAUUUCGCUUCGGACGGCUUCGUUUGUUGAGUUAACGUAUAUUGAACCAACAAGGCUGACUUUUAUGACAAUGCUGAGUGGAGCUUUAACGUCAAUAAUCAUACUUCUGGCCCAUGUCAUGCCUAGAUUGUUUGAAUCUUACGUGUCUAUACCAGUCACGGUCAUAUGUAUUGUUGUUUUUGGAAUUCCACAUGGUGCUGUGGAUCAUUUGCUAUACUAUGAAACACGACGAGCAGAAGUCGUCCAGAGUCUGUCAAAAGUGCCUGAUGAGAAAACAUCCCUAGUACAAAAGCCAGAACAACCAAAAGCAACAACAUUAACUCCGUUACAAGACAAGGUCGUAUUCUAUGUAAACUACUUUGUCAUUAUGGGAUUGUGGGGUGUCAUGUGGUGGAUUGCUCCAAGGUUAUGUCUGGUAGCGUUUCUGUGUGUUUCCGCGUAUCACUUUGGGGAGAGCGAGUUGGACUACAUUAUACUACACAAACAUGCAGCUGUUGCCUUGUACAUGUCGCGAGGAAUCCUGAUUCUAGGAAUGAUACUUACGGCCAACCCCGAAGUCACCUUACCGAUCAUUGAAGAAGUGGCCUCAAUCGACUUGACUUUUUUUUAUGGCACCAUCUUCCCACUACACGCAAACUUUGCCAUCCAGCAUCUCGUCCUGCUGCUUGUUGGGCUCGUCUACACAAUCUGUCUAGAACCUUCAGCACUCAGUCCACAAGAAGACGCCACACCGUUCCCCGUAAUACGAUUCAUCCCAACUCCUCGCGUAUGGCUAGCAGAACUAGCCAAAACAGCUCUUCUCGUCCUCCUCAUCGAAUCAGUGGAUCCACUACUUGGCUUCUCAGUAUACUUUGGGUUCUGGCACUCUAUGGGAACAAUGUCCAGCGAAAUACUCUUCUUCACAUGUAACAAGUGUGAUGGAUUCGAUGACUCGCCGUGGAAGACACGGUCGCCGACACUUGAAUCUGCACGAUCGUCUACGACUUCAUCACCAACACAACCAAGGACGGAUAUACCGCCAAAGAAUAUAGCAAGGUUUUAUUGGAUGGCGCUGCCAUACACGCUCGCGUCACUAAUUUCUAUGGGGUCGUUUUACUUGGUCUUGUUUGGCAUGUCCAUGCCUUCAUCGGCAUUCCUGGCACAAACACAACUGUGGAGUGUCUUUGUCAUCAGCAUCUCUAUUCUGACUGGGGCUCAUAUCUGGGUCUUUGAUGUGCUGCACAGUAUUGGUGCUCAUUUCGACGUGGUUGGAAUUUCUCAAUUAUUGCAAUAA